AUGGACGACAGCGAGACCUACGCGAACAUGCGGCUCACAGGGACGGACCCACAAGCUCCUUCGGGAGCUGUACCGGAUGUAUCGUACGUGCAGCUGAAUAUCACGGCCACCUCGGCGCCCCGGGUCCGGAGAGAUGAAGUUGGUCUGAGCUCCACCUACGCAGAGGUGAAAUUCCUGAACGAUCAGCCCGUAAUCGAUGAGGAUCAGGCUUCUCCCAUUGCCCCAGGACCCCGCAAGCUGCCAACCAAUGCACAAACAGCUGCGCAUGAACAGCAGCCGAAAGUAAAGAUCGGAAAUAGACCGCACCGUCUGAUCUGCCUAAUCUGCCUAGUUACGUCAGCCAUUAUCGUGACUGUGGCCGGUCUCUCGAUCCAUGUGUCACAGAUUCGUCAGUCGAAGGAAACCAGCCACCGAAACUACCAUCAGUUAAACUCAUCCCUUCAAUCCAAGCUUUCAGCGGUCAAAUCUAAUCUGUCCGAUCUCCGUCACCAGAUCUGUGAAUUGCUGACCAGAAGCAGAGAGCAAACAUGUUCCCAGGACUGGGUCACAAAUAAAGACCGGAGUUAUUACGUAUCCAGGUAUGAAACAUCUUUCCAAGAAGCGAUGCAAGAAUGUUCAAUCCGUUAUUCAAGGCUGCUGGAAAUAAAUUCCAGGGAUGAAGCGCUCUUUGUAUUCCACAAUCUUCCUGACAGCAACUUUGCUUACUGGAUCGAAAAAUGCGAAAACGGGAAUGUGGGACAGAGUCUCCUUUACAAAGCGUCCUCGGGAAUACGCGUCUGCAGUCAGUGCGUAAUGACUAUACUUUGUGUUCAUGAUCGGCGUUUCAUCUGCGAGAGGUCAGCAACUUUGUUCCCGGAUGUUCUUCAAGAGACCCAGGGUCUCUACCAACAGCCAGUGGAGUCGACAUAA